CAGAGGAUGGCAUCUACAGCGCCAUGGGAGAUAAUCUGAUGACACAUGCAACAGAAAUGCUGCAAAAGCCAUCAGCACAAACUUUUUUCUCUGUGUUCUGAAGACACGGCAGCUCUUCAACUUUGCCCUACGAGGUGAUAUGUGAGAAGGAGAGGCCAGCCAUGCAGCUGAAUGAGUCUGGAGUUCAAACGGUGGCACCAGAGCCAUGUCAACAACAAAUAAUACAGGACGACUACAAUGGCAACUGCAGCGAAGGUUCCACCACUAACAUGUCACUGCACUGCUGGCUGCAGCUCCUCACCAAGGAAUCUAUCAUGGAAAUUCAAGGAGACAGCUCCAGUGUAGUGGUACGUGUGAUGAUAGCGUGCGUCUACUCUAUCGUCUGCGCUCUGGGGCUGGUGGGGAAUUCACUGGCUCUGUAUCUGCUGCACUCCCGUUACAGGCAGAAGCAGUCGUCCAUCAACUGCUUUGUGAUGGGGCUGGCUAUCACAGAUCUACAGUUUGUUUUGACCUUGCCUUUCUGGGCAGUGGACACAGCCCUGGACUUCCGCUGGCCGUUUGGUCGUGUGAUGUGCAAACUCAUCAGCUCUGUCACCACCAUGAACAUGUAUGCCAGUGUAUUCUUCCUCACAGCUAUGAGCGUGGCACGUUAUUACUCCAUCUCCUCCGCACUGAAGAUACACAGCCGACGGACAGCAGCUGCCAGAGCCAGGUGGACAAGCCUGUGCAUCUGGGCUGUUUCUUUGCUGGCCACUUUGCCUCAUGCCAUCUACUCCACCAGUGCCCAAGUAUCUGAUGAGGAGCUUUGCCUGGUGCGCUUCCCAGACUCUGGCAGUUGGGAUCCACAGCUCCUUCUGGGUCUAUAUCAGCUUCAAAAGGUCCUAGUAGGUUUCAUUAUUCCUCUAGUUAUAAUCACCGUCUGCUAUCUGCUGCUGCUUCGCUUCAUCCUAAGCCGGCGCAUUGCAGGUGCAGCGGGCCCCGAGGCAAACCAAAGCCGACAAAAUCGUCAUUCCAAAGUGACUAAAUCCAUUGUCAUCGUAGUUCUCUCCUUCUUUCUCUGCUGGCUUCCUAAUCAGGCACUGACACUGUGGGGUGUGCUCAUAAAGUUUGACCUUGUGCCCUUCAGCAAAGCUUUCUACAAUGCACAGGCCUACGCUUUCCCUCUGACUGUUUGCUUGGCGCACACCAACAGCUGCCUCAACCCUGUGCUCUACUGCCUGAUCCGCCGGGAGUUUCGGGCAGGCCUCAAAGAACUUCUCCUGCACGCCACGCCAUCUUUCAGGAGCCUGACUCAUCUGCUGCGUCGCAAGGCCAAAGUGGCUGAGGCACCACCUGUUUUGGUGCUGGUCCAAAUGGAUGUCUGACUGGGAUGAUUGGGGAACUCGAAAUAUUCCACCUACAGUACUAUUGAUCUGUUUACCAAGAGGGUAUAUUUCUCACUACUCUGUCGAUGCAGAAAAUCUU